AUGAGCGCCCAUCUCUUCCACCUCAAAUCCAUGAGCCGACUCCCAGUCUGUCACCGCUGCUGCUGCGGUACGGCCCUAUUCAUCUCCCCUUCUCCUGCUCUUAGAUAUUCGUAAAGAAGGUAGAACAGGAAGAGGGAGGAUGCCGACUGCCGACUGCCGACGGGCCCUCUCGCCCUCUCAGGAACCUUCCUUUUCUUCUCUGUGGAGGUACUGGGGGAGCACGCAGACGAAGCCGUGGAGAAGGAAUUUUUUAAGAUGACACACAAGGCGUAUGACUUAUCGUCUCCGGGAUAAUGUAAUGUACUCCAAAUGAAGAGGACCACUUGACCGACGAGCCAGCGGAAGAUUGUGCCUUCGGGUCGUGAACAAUCCCCGGCCGGAAUAUGCCGCCAGUCUAGCUGAACGAGAGCAAAGUCAAGAGGUUUGCAUCGGUUCGUUUAAUGGGUCGGUAA